AUGAUUACGCCCAGUGCUCCUAUGGAGCAGAAUCCUACUAUGCUUUUUCUUCCCGAAAAUUACAGCGAGAAACAACUAGGAAGUCUGUUAAGUCAGGCAGUCAAGUCACCAAAAAUAAUGAACUCAAAUGCUAUGGUUACAGUCAUAGAUGCACCUCCCCUGGGGCCAGUGAGUAGCGCAACUGAAGAUGAAGAUAGUUUUUUCAGGGAAUUCUUGGUUGAUGACCCUGAUGAUCCUGAUGGCACUAUUGAUAAUAUUUGGGAAUCACCAGUAGUAGAUAAACCAUCAGAAGUGACACCAGCCGAAACCAUGUCAAUUGAUAUGUCAUCAACCGGAAUUGCGCCAGCAAAAAUUAUGCCAAUUGAGAUCUCAGCGGCCGAAGUCACACCAGUCGGGAUCAUAUCAAAUGAGGUCUCAUCAGAAAACAUUACGCCAGUAUCGGAUAUUCCGAUUGACAAUUUUAGUGAUGUUAUAGAGACCACGUUUGGAGUAGACAGCCCUCAAGACGUCGGAGAGUUCGAAAAGUCGCAGGAAAACCAGUUUCUUGCUGUUAUGACCGCCAUCAAGCCGUUAGAGCAGGUGCUCGGAGAAGACUCGUGUGAAUUGUGCACGGUAUGCUUUCACCUGGGGCAUUAUCAAUCCAACUUUUCUUUCUGUCCCGUUGCCCGUCUUAGAUCAUUUUUCUCGGGCAACUCUUGCUAUGACAGCUUUUCUGGCCUAACACCAGCCAUUGAAUUGAUAAAGCAAGAUCUGGGCUAUAUUUGUCAAUCUCUUUCAUGGGCAGUUAGGUAUAAGGACACAGGAUAUCUUGAGCAAGUUGGGAUAUUUUAUACCGCGCUCACCGAUAUUCAAGCUUUGCUUCAUGCUUGGAGGUCAAUACUCAGCAAAGAAACAUUCGAAUUUGGAAAGUUCGGCACACUGAAUGUAGAGAUUUUGAGUGUGGAGCCAGUCAAUAUUCCGAUAAUUGAGACACAAGGCACGGUUUACCAGCAAAGAUUCUGUCAACCUGAUGAGAUCAGCGGCGGGAUUCAGGACUAUAUCCCACCAGAGAUUGGCAUUUCUCGGAAGGACGCUCUUCUUAAACUUUCAGCUAAGGAAGUAGAGAUAGAGCCUUUCGGACCAGCUCCAGCAGACAGUUUGAGGCUUGAAGUAUUGGGUGCUCGCCCUAACACAAUUUGUGCCACCUGUUUGCAUCGUGGACACACACAAAACUCAACAAAACUCUGUCCAUUCAAGAUGAUAUCGAUGGCUAUAAGCAAGAUGAAAACUCGAGGUCGUAAAAAAAGGAUUGAUGAUGUUACCACACAAGUUGAGCGAUUGCAAAAGCUGGUGGAUGAUGUUGGUCCUGGUGUAAAGGGUAUAAGAAACAUCAUGAAUCUUUUAGAUGAAUGGCAUGAAACUAUCGAGAAGAACGUAGCGUGUGGGAAAUCAAAGGCUCCAGCAACAUCUCCAUCUGUUCCAAUAGGAUUCGUCGACCACAAAAUGGCAGAUACCUUCGCAGCUAUCCUCCAGGAAGGGAAUUCCAGUAAACCACACGGGGUAACGGACCUCCCUAGGAACCUUUCUCCUGAAGUAGUCGAUGGGUCAACUUACACACACCGCGCCCCAGAGCCCGACCAAAGCUCAUAUGCCUCACUCGAAAAUAAUAAAGAUAUGAAUCAGUUGUACAGCACCUUCGACGAUCUGGAGGGAAUAUCAGACUUUUGUGACCAAGACUUUGGUGCAUCUACCCAUGGCCCUUCGGCAUCAUUAUUAGCUGAGACGGAUAAUCAGCUCAGAUUUCAGGAAGAAACUCAAAAGAUUAUUUCCUCCCAACAAGUCUAUAGAAGAACAUCGUCGUCAAACACAUCAACGAGUCAAAUGUUAGUCGGUUCAACCCCCGCUCCUGUGGAAGAAUGGGAGGAAAGUUCUCAAGACGAUGAACUUCCUCUUGAUAUUUUGUGGCGUCAAAAGUGCUCACUGAGAACUAUCGGCGUCCGAGGAGAUAAUCUUUGUAAAAGCUGCUUGCAUUAUGGUCAUGAUCGCAGCAGCUAUGCUUGUCCUGCACAACUAGUCCUCCGAUCUAUUCUUGCGGGGGGUGAUGUCUCAAGUACAGCGUCGAGUGUCGAAGACCUAAGAUCUGCAAUCAAAUGGCAAAAAAGUAUUCCAAAAGGUAUUCGGGGUGAUUAUGAGAGUAUCCAAAACUUGGUUCAUAGGUGGGAGGUAGCCUUAAAGCAAUCAGAAAGCGAAAUGUUUGAAACAGCGGUAGACAACCCGGUACGCAAACGCCGCCGCAGAUCAGCUAUUCUUGAGAAUCAGCCUGCGAAAUCCCAAUUUCGCGAAGAGCAAGUUCCAAACAGCCCUUCACUUGUGCGAAUGGGGUAUAAGGGCCAACAGAUUGCCUCACCCAUACCUAUGCAGUUAAGUUAUAAGGGUCAACUGCAUGUCACCUCAGCUAAACCUGUGCAUACGGAUUAUGCAACUCAAUAUGUUACCCAAAGUGUGCCUAAGCAGCGGGAUUUUCCACAGGAAGUCUUGUCUACCAAAAACUGUACCACCGUAUCGGAAGGCGUUUUCUUUGACUACCAUCGGAUCCCCGGCCAUUUGCUUUCUAUCGUGAUGGAUUAUGUUAUUGAAGAGAGUGGAGAAGGGAAUGAAGAUCGUCUUCUUGUCGACCAUCGCAAGAUGCCUAAGGCCCUCUUUCUCAAUCUCCGUAGUUACCUCAGUAAAGAUCCCGAGCCGGCCGCUACUGAUCAGCAAUCAAAAAAGUGUGACAAACGCAAGAGAACUUGA